GACAAUGUGACUGGGCAUGCUCCGUAGGUAGGUAGGGCUGAUUUGGGACACACUACGUCUUGAAUGAAGGUUUUCAACGCUGCUUGUUUCAGGAUUCGACGCAUCUUCAUUCUCGGGUUAUAUUGAGACGUUGCAGUCCCUCCCACGCUCUCGGCCGCCACACUUGUUAAUUUUAUCCCCGUGCCCAAUUUUGUAGCCAGCCCUCCUGGAUCUCACGGCCAAUCAAGAGCCCACACAUUGUUGCCUAAGAGACCCCGGAUGCCAGCGACGGGAUUUAUAGGCGGUGAUUGGGCUUGCUGGAAGCUGGGAGGGGUGAGGGGCUGGAGGGAGUCAGAGGAAAGCUGACCUAAUGCAACUGUGGCAACGUCAGCGCUCGAGACUUGAAGAGGAAGACAAGCUAAAAGAGGUGCUGUUUUUCUUAUGGAAGGAUAUCCAGUUGUUUCAUGAUGGCAUUUGCACCUCCAAAAAACAUAGGUGGUCCCAAAAUGCAGACAAAGAUGAGCACCUGGACACCCCUAAACCAUCAGCUAUUGAAUGACCGGGUAUUUGAAGAAAGAAGAGCCCUGCUUGGCAAAUGGUUUGACAAAUGGACAGACUCUCAAAGAAGAAGAAUCCUCACAGGCCUGUUGGAGCGCUGCUCGCUGUCCCAGCAAAAGUUCUGCUGUCGAAAGCUUCAAGAGAAAAUUCCAGCAGAAGCCCUGGACUUUACAACCAAGCUUCCAAGGGUGUUAUCUUUAUACAUCUUUUCUUUCCUGGACCCCCGGAGCCUUUGUCGUUGUGCACAGGUGUGCUGGCAUUGGAAGAACCUAGCCGAGCUGGAUCAGCUCUGGAUGCUGAAAUGUUUACGGUUUAACUGGUACAUCAAUUUCUCUCCAACUCCCUUUGAGCAGGGGAUCUGGAAGAAGCACUAUAUUCAAAUGGUGAAAGAACUUCACGUUACCAAGCCUAAGACACCCCCAAAGGAUGGAUUUGUAAUUGCUGACGUUCAACUAGUUACGAGCAAUUCUCCAGAGGAAAAACAGUCCCCUUUAUCAGCUUUUCGGUCCUCUUCCUCUUUAAGAAAGAAGAAUAACUCAGGGCAGAAAGCACUUCCACCCUGGCGAUCUUCUGAUAAGCAUCCAACAGAUAUCAUUCGUUUUAAUUACCUAGACAACUGUGACCCCUUGGAGACUGUCUGGCAAGGAAGAAAAAAAAGAAACGAAAUGACCCCAGAUUUCAGCCGACAGUCACAUGAUAAGAAAAAUAAGUUGCAGGACAGAACUAGGCUAAGAAAAGCACAAUCAAUGGGAGUUUGCAGUCUCACUGGGGGACAAAGAAUUACACUUAGAAGUGAGUACUAAUGCUUUAGAGCAUAUGUUCAACACGAAGCCAGAGAAGUCGAUAAUAAAGGCUUCGGGAAUCCACCUGCUGGAAACAUCCUGUGGAUGGAGACACGCAAGCUUCUUGCAGGAAGGCAGGCCUGGAAGGACCGGUUAGACUUACGGGAGGACUACAGAGAGCACUUCAGGCAGGUGUGGAGCUUCCUUGUGGAAUGAGAGGGAGCCCGUUAGCUGAAGGGGAGGACCAGGGAGCUGUCAUCGGUGGAUGUCGUUGCUGAGUCAAUGAAAGUCUAAAGUAGGAUUUUCCCAGACUUACAGAAACCCUGUGUAUUGCAAACAUACCCGCCACAGUGUUAGAGAGAUAACAAGGACUCUGAUCAGACUCCUGUGACUUGGCAGCUUAGUAUGGGUAACGGGGGGGCAUUGUGCUCAGGGGAGGCUACGGUAUCUCUGUUCAGCCCAAUCCUCUUAAGUCCCUCCUUGCACAGUUGGAACCAAGAUAAGGGCGAACUUUAAAGGGUGCCUCACUCUCUCUCCCUUCAAGCUCAACUCGGAUUCUUUCUUUCUUUUCCUCUCUCCAUUCUCUUCCCUGUCCUGCUUAC